AUGUUUUGGCGUUUUAUGAGGGUUUUAUUGUUAACGAUAUCGAUAACGAGCGUUUUAUCUAUUGAACAUGAUUCAGUAUGUGAUGAAAGCAAAGAAUGGAAAUGUCCAGAACCAAGUCAUACUAUUAUGAGAUUAAAAAAAAGGGAUGAUAAUAAAGCCAAAGAAAUUGCUGAAUAUCAUGGAAUGGAAAUUGUGGGACAACCAUUUUUGGAUGGUUCAGUUUAUUUUGUGGAACAUAAAAAACAUCGAACAAGGAGGCGUAAACGAGAAAUUGUAGGCAAAAUAAAUGAUCAUCCAGAUGUAAUAUUUGUCGAAGAACAAAGGCCGAGGCAGGUUUUUUCUGUAUUUCUAUUAAUUCGAAGAAAGCGUGAUUUCACUCAUCCUAAUAUAAGAAGCGCUUUGCCGAAUCCCGAACAAAUUAUCGGUGAACCUACAGUUUUUCCCGCAUUACCAUUUCCUGAUCCUCUCUUUCGCGAACAGUGGUACUUUAAUGGUGGAGCACAUGGUGGUUAUGAUAUGAAUGUGCGUGACGCUUGGUUAGCAGGUUACGCUGGCCGAAAUGUAUCUAUCUCAAUACUUGAUGAUGGAAUACAACGAGACCACCCCGAUUUGGCAAUUAAUUAUGACCCAUUGGCUAGUGCCGAUAUAAAUGAUAAUGAUGAAGAUCCAACGCCUCAGGAUAACGGAGAUAACAAGCAUGGUACACGAUGCGCUGGAGAGGUUGCAGCAGUUGCUGGAAAUCAGUACUGCGGUGUUGGCGUCGCUUUUCACGCUAAAAUCGGUGGUGUUAGAAUGUUGGAUGGACCUAUAAGUGACGCAGUUGAAGCUGCUAGUCUUUCUUUACGUCAAGAUCACAUCGAUAUUUAUUCGGCAAGUUGGGGACCUGAAGAUGAUGGUAAAACUUUUGAUGGACCCGGUCCUUUAGCACGCGAAGCUUUCUAUCAAGGUAUCAAAAAUGGCCGUGGUGGAAAAGGAAAUAUAUUUGUUUGGGCCAGCGGAAAUGGCGGAGCUAGGCAAGAUAGCUGUUCUGCUGAUGGAUACACUACAUCUGUAUAUACUUUAAGUAUUAGUUCGGCAACAUUUGAUAAUAGACAACCAUGGUAUCUCGAAGAAUGUCCAUCAAGCAUUGCUACUACCUAUAGCAGUGCCAAUCUUAAUCAACCAGCAAUAGUGACUGUGGAUGCUCCAAGAGGAUGCACUCGCUCACAUACUGGGACGAGUGCCAGUGCUCCACUUGCCGCAGGGAUUAUUGCUUUAGCUUUGGAAGCAAAUCCGAAUUUAUCAUGGCGUGAUAUGCAGCAUAUUGUACUGCGCACAGCAAAUCCAGUUCCAUUGCUGAAAAAUCCCGGUUGGUCUAUAAAUGGAGUAAAUCGCCAUAUUAGUAAUAAAUUUGGAUAUGGACUUAUGGAUGCUGAUGCACUUGUGAAGCUUGCACGGGUUUGGAAAACUGUACCUGAACAGCAUAUGUGCACUUAUAAUUAUGAACUUAAAGCACCAAAACCUCGUCCUCUUACGGGUAGGUUCCAAAUCAAUUUCACUUUGGAAGUUUCCGGUUGUUCUUCGGGGACUCCAGUUUUGUACCUCGAACAUGUACAGGUUUAUGCUACCAUACGUUUUGGAAAACGUGGAGAUCUUAAACUUACUCUGUUUUCACCACGUGGAACAGCUUCUGUGUUAUUACCACCUCGUCCACAGGAUUAUAACUCAAACGGGUUCCACAGAUGGCCUUUUUUAUCUGUUCAAAUGUGGGGUGAAGAUCCACGUGGCGUUUGGACAUUAAUGGUAGAAUCAGUUAGUGCAAAUAAUAAAAUUGGAGGAACUUUUCACGAUUGGUCAUUAUUGCUGUAUGGAACAGUUGAACCGGCACAACCUUCUGAUUCUCGUUAUUCACCACAACCUUAUUCAUCCAACGAUCCAUCAAAAUCAUUCUUGGAGCGAACAGCAUCACGUAUAACCUCACAGGUGUCUUCAAGGCCACAUAUUAAUGCACAUCGCUCUCUUGCACAAAAUUUAACUUUAUCUUGA